UAAUUAUCUGACAACCAACUGAUAGUGCCAUUUUCAUUAAUUAUAGAGAGCACAAAAGGAAAAAUAAAAACAUCACCUCAAUGUUAGGAUUAAGAACAAAUAAUUAAGCACAAAAUGGCUCUCCAAAGUGAUCAUUUAGAUUUUUCUGGUCUAUUUAAAUUAGAUGUAUUAAUACAUCUAGAUAUUACUACUUAUAGUUUUUAUGAAGUGGGUCAUAAAAAGUUUUUCGCUUUUACCAGUGAUAAAGAAUUGGUGUUCAUGUAUAUUAAUCCUCAGUUAGAGAGAUUUGAAAAGAAUUAUGAUUGGGAUUUCUUCGACAAUCCAAUUUACUGUAUGUGUUUUGAACCAAGUGGUACAUGGGUGAUAAUUGUUAGUGAACAGAAGGUUCUACUAGUGCCAUAUCUUCCCCUGUUCAUCCCUCAAAACACAUUUGAUUAUAAAUGGUCACUAUCAAGAGUGACUGUUUUGCCGCUGGGAAAUAUAUCAAAGCCAACCUCAUUGGUGUGUUGGUUGACUAAGGAAUCUGAGAGUGUAUUGAUUAUUGGAUCAAAGGCAGGCACAAUAACAUUUUAUUCUCUAGACUCACAAACUAUUGUAGGAGAGUGCAAAGUUCCGGGAGAAAUUACAGACUUACAGAUAUGUUUUGAUGAUUCUUUGGAUUUAUUAACACUCUUGAUAUCAAUUAGUUCAGCACAACAGUGUAAGUUGGUGUUGGAGCACCGAUCUUUUGGCUACAACUGGCUGCAACAAACUCGAGCACAGAAUGAUAAAGAUAAAAGAGACAGCUUCAUGUCUUACAUCAAGCAGCUAUCUAAAGAUAAAAUUACUUUCUUUAUACAGGGUGGUUCCAAAGAUGAUAAUAAGUCACAAACAGUAGAAUAUGUGUUGAAGCCAACAGAGUAUUUGCCCCUAUUUCGUAAAGGGUCCAACAACUGGGCAUUGACAGCACAAUAUGUAAAUGGUCGUCAUUUUCUAACAGCCUUCGAGUUAACUGAAGGAACACUAAUUUUAGAGAGUCCAGAAGAAGAUACUCCCUCAAGAACUUUAAGGCCUCAUAUUAAAAAGGAUGGUUUAUACAUACAGGGUCUAUGGUCGCAAAGAAUCAUAUACCUAGUGAGAAAGAAAGAAAUAGAAGUGCAUUCUGCCAGCUUUUCUGUUAUUCAGGGUGAAGCUUUACUGGGCGCUAAAAGAGAUACAUCAGAGCUUUGGCGAGCAGAACUAAUUGGUGAUGUGAAACGUGCGCAUCUAAUGUCAGCUCGUGAGCCGCCCGCCAUGUCCGGCGGGUGGCGGGAGCCGACCUUCAUGUGCGACUUACAACUGCCACGGUUCAGUCUGGAGUCUUGUCUUAUAGUCACCAAUAAAGGAGCCUAUAUUCUGAAUACAGUGAGUGAAGCGUGUGAAUGGUUGGUGGGUGUGAUAAUGCGGGGCGGUGUGGGGGCGGAACAAUCUUGCGCGGCACUGGGCGCGCCGCUGCCCGCGCUGCUGCGGGCCGCCGCAGACAUGUUGCUGUCGCGGGGGAAAAUGCAACCUGCACUGUACCUGUAUUCACUGUCACAAAGUCAACCAGACGGAUGGGUCGCGCGACUUGGAGUAUUCGGUAGACUGAACGAGUUAGCAGUAUAUAAACAAACAGGCAAUAUAGGCAGCCUAGGCGACGCUGCUAUAACUGUCAAAAUUUUAGCUUCACUGCUAAACAUGACUGUUGACAACCAGGAUAAUUUCGAUACUGACGUCAAGUUAACAGCGUUAAGUCCAAUAGAAUUAAUGGAGUUAUCGUCUUUUGCUGCCUCAGUAGGACUUUGGCACAUGCUACCAAUGUUCAGCAUACACCGUGGAUAUCCUAACUUGUUACUCUCGGCCUUAAAGUCCCGUAGUGAUAUCUGCCGCGGUGCAAUUAACUGCCUACUGGGAGAAAGGUGCCUAGUACCUCUGUUACUGGAAGAAAACGGACAAUGGCUCUUUGAUUACAUCGUUGAAAACUGUAAAAAGUUCGAUACUAAUAUUUUGAAGUGUCUCUCAUUAUGGUUGAAUCCACUACAAGACCAACUACGACCAGUAAUGCGUGAUUUGAAACAAGGAAUAACUUCGAUUUAUACGACUAGGUUGCAGCAAUUGAUUGCGACUUUUAUACACAUUGCAUGUGUCAUAGACGCAAGGGAUCCGUGUCCAGAGAUACAUUUGGAAGUUACACAAACUUCUGAGACUUGGAAGAAUCAGUUUACUCCCAAAAGAAGUUUAAGUUGUGGACUGGCACAUUGGGCAGUGGUGGAUGAAGGAAACGCGAAGAUAAUGAUGACAAAUACACCGAUAAACACGGAAUUGAUCGGUAGAGUUAUUGAUGUAGCGUGUGGCAGACAUCAUACGUUGGUGUUGACGGAAAAUGGGAUAUACGCGGCCGGGGACAACUCGUUCGGUCAGCUAGGCGUGGGCGCGGCGUGGUCGGGCGGCGUGGGCGAGGCGGCCGUGGCCAGCGGCGCGCUGCGCCCCGCCGCCGGGGAUUUCUCCGCGCCGCUCGUCGCACUCGCCGCCGGACACUACCACUCCGCUGCCCUCGAUGUCGGCGGGCGACUUUAUACUUGGGGAUGGGGUGUCCAUGGCCAGCUGUGUCAUGGCAGCAUUGAUGACGAAUGGACACCAAAAUUAGUCACGAAGUUCCAAGGUAGAAAGGUACUGAGUGUAGGAUGCGGUGCUUGUCAUACAGUUGUAUUAAUGAAGAACGGCGAGGUAUGGGCCAGUGGUGCCGGAGUAUUCGGCCAACUCGCCACUGGAGCCCGACACAAGUCCUCUGUUCCUGUACGCGUGCGAUUACAAGAUCCUGCUAAAUCCAUCGCUGUUGGAUACUUCCAUAACUUGGCGUUAACAAGUAAAGGUGAGGUGUGGAUAUGGGGUGCCAGUCCCCAACAAGUCCGGGCCGCGGCGGCGCGGCGUCAGGCCGAGCCCGCGGCCGACGUACCGUCGCCCACGUCGCCCACUGCACCCGCGGCGGUACCCGACCCACAUCUGUUGCCGUACCGACUCGAUACUACUCAUAUACGCGGGGAAAUUGUACAGAUGGCGGCUGGGUGGCACCACUCGUGUCUACUCAAUAACUUUGGUACACUGUACACUUGGGGUCUCAACUUCGAUGGACAGUUAGGAAGUGGAGACCGAAAGCAAAUCACGAUUCCCACGGAGGUAAAAAUGGUAACCGAUUCUCAAACAGAUCUUGUUAAAAAUAACACCGCUAAAACACCAGACAACGAAAUUAAAGAUUUUAAAACGAAUGCCCUGGUAGCUUGUGGAGGGGACUUCACCGUUUAUAUUGACAACGAUGGCAAAAUAUUUGCCUCCGGCAACACUCACCUGCAGCCACACAGCGAAAAAGACAAAGGAGGCAACCGCGUUAUAAUGAUGAAAACAACAAAACGCGUUAUUAAAAUCCCAGCUAGUCGCAGCAGCAACAAAUUUUUGUUCCAACCUAUCGACAGAAUCGAUAUCAUGUUUCCCUUCGAUAUUGAAGAUUUACAAAGGAACCCAAUUGAAGCCAGGCUAAACCCACUAGCUUCCAUGGCAGAUUUCAAAAAGAAAUCCUGGGCUGACGAUAUGAUCCUCAUACUGAAACCAUGGCUAAAUAAGGACAACUUCAAAGACAAUUUAAAUUUAGCGGCCAAGUUCGCAUACCAUAACAAAAUAUACUCAGACUGUUUAAAGCUGUUAUUAGAUCACUUAAAAUGUGAAGUACAGAAUGAUCAAACAUAUGUUACACACACUACUUUAGAAGGAGAUGAACAAACUGAUAACGCGACUACUUCUUUUAAGCAAGAACAACUCAAGUUGGCAAUAAAAAGCAUUAUGGCAAAUCGUAUCAAAGAAGUGUCGAUGUCUAUUCUGAAUGAAGAGCCGUAUCCGCUGAUAGAUCCUUCUGUUUUCAAAACACUGCCAUGUUGUUGCGAUGAAUUAAAAUAUCGCAAGAAAGGAGCAUCUUCGAAAACGGCAGUCAACUUACCAGAAAAUGACAUUUCUCUGAAAGCAGCUGAGAUAAUCGACAAAUGUAUGAGUAUCUUCCCUGUAGAUACAGAGCUGUGGGAAGUAUGUUUCCGACUUUCUAAAAAUUAUUUCUUAGAAAAUCAUCUGUCUAUAUCAAAAUUGGAGGUUGUGUUGCGUAAGUAUAUGGAAUCUAACGCCACAACAAUGGCAGCAGCCAUCAUGUACUCGAACGAUUGUAAUCAAUACAGCAAAAUACUCUCGCCAACAUUUUACUUGAAUAUGUGUAAUCAAGUUUUGAAUACUUGGGGUUGAUCCCCAUACUAAUACUCUUAUUCAUCUAUGUAGACAAUUUAAUCUCGAAUCUAAAUGUACUGUAAUUGCGUGCCAUUAAUCUCGAAUCAAAUCGAAUAUUUUAUUAAUGUAUUGAUUAUCAUCGUAGUAAAACAUAAUCUUAGACUGAAUGUCGUCAGUUAUUUUUUUAUUACGUAGAUGUGCUAUCACUAGAAAAGGCUGCUAUUUUUAUUACACAAUACGUAUUAGGAUAGAAAUUAUUCAAUUGUCAUAUUAUUGUAAUGUUUUCUUUGUGAAUAAUGGUUGUUUUUAUAUUACUAAUACAUGUCUAUUUGUUUGUUUGUUAAGACUUACUAACGUUACUUUUUUAAUACUCACGUCGUGUUUUAUUAAUGUUUAAUUAAAUAUCGUUUUACAAUAUUUUAUGGUGCCAUCUUUGAAGUAUUGUCCAAGUAUUUUGUUUAAUGUUUUUUUCUCUAGUUUUCGAAUUUAUUCUACUACAUGUUGUCAAGUGCCGUCCCUUUUAUUCUGUACCAUGCAAGAAACAAAAGUGAAAACAGUUAAUUGGAAAUCGUGGAAUGUAUAAUAUUCAUUAUAUUUGGGAAAUACCCCAAAAUUAUAAUAUAAUCGGCUGUUGCCUCUUGAAUCCGGGUCUUGUCACUGUUUCCUCACUGGCUAGCACCUCACCAGGCCCUCCUAAAGCGCGGUACAGCAGUACUUGUCAAACCAUAGUUGUGAUAACAGCAAGUGAAUGUAUCAAGGUUGCCAUUUUCAUUUCUUGAUCAAUUAACAUGGAUCGUGGAACAAUCUAUAUGUUUGUAGUAUGUAAUUAUUGUCUGUAAUAUUUCUGUUACUGAUAGAGAUUUUAUACACGAUUUUGUUUAUAAUUUGUUGUCAUAAUCUAGUCAUUAGUUUAAUUUUAAAUGUUAUAAAUCAUUCAUAGGGCAAUUAACCUUUGUUUGUUGUUUGGUUGGAAUAAUAACGCUGGUCUAUGUAUAUCAAAUGUCUUUCUUGUAAUCAUGUAACAACAUCAAGUGAACUAGGUACUGUAUACCAUAUAUUUCAAUUUCCUUUUUUAUUUGUCAAUGUAAAAAUGACCUAAGUUUAUUAAACUCGAAGUAUAAUUUUA